AUGUCGUAUUCUGUUGCCCCUCAUCUCAAGUAUUUCGCGGUGCGAUUUGCGGACUUUGCGGAUGCCCGUCCCGAAUUUGACGCGUUCGGGGUGGGUGCCUACAUUUUCUCCGGCGACCGCGUCCUUCUUCUUCAACGUGCACUCACAGACUCUAUGCCUGGUUGCUGGGAGGGUCCGGGGGGUGCAUCGGAGCCCCAAGACGAUGGAACAUUACUCGAUGGAGUUGUACGAGAGGUACUGGAAGAGAGUGGGUUACAUGUGACGCGUAUCCUUGAGCUGGUCGCAGUCGAUUGCUGGGAGCAUCAUCGCCGAAGUGGAGGCAAGAUGCGGAUCGCCAAAUAUUCAUUCUUUGUCGAAGUUCGUGAAACGCGAAACUCGCUGGGGGAGCAGCUAUCGCCACUGGAGGUCCCGGUACAACUGGCGGACACAGAGCAUCAUGCAUUUGAAUGGGCCACAGAGGAGGAUGUCCGGCAUUCUGUUGAAUCACAAGGUCGAUAUAAGUUCCCUCUUCCUUCAAUCGGGCAUCAAGCCCAGAAUAUCCUGCGCGCUUUCGAACUCAGGCGACAAAACAGUGACUGA